CAAUGUCAAUGAAGAAUCUGCUAUCUAUUUAAAAAAAUUAAAUACGAUUUACAAACUUUGUUUUGAAAUUUUAUAUGCUUUUUGUAAAUUCGACACUAUUUCUAACUAAAAAAUGGAUAUCAUUGAUAAUGAUAUUAGACCAUGGGACGUGAACGAAGUAAGAGCACAAUUUGGUGAUAACCUAACAUUACUGCCAUCCAACGACAACAUUAAAGAAUUGCAAACCAUCCUUCGUGCUAAGAAUACUUCUCGUAAUGAUUUUAAAUUCUUUGCGGAUCGUUUGAUUCGCUUAGUGAUUGAAGAAAGUUUGAAUAAGCUGCCGUUUACAGACUGUGAAGUAAUAACACCAACAGGGGCCUUGUAUAAAGGCUUGAAAUAUGGAUCAGGGAACUGUGGAGUAUCAAUUGUUAGGUCUGGAGAGGCAAUGGAACAGGGCCUCCGUGAUUGCUGCAGAUCAAUAAGAAUCGGAAAGAUUCUGGUAGAAAGUGAUAAUGAUACCCAUGAAGCACAUGUAGUGUAUGCUAAGUUUCCAGAAGAUAUUGCAAGGAGACAGGUACUGGUUAUGUAUCCAAUAAUGUCUACAGGGAACACCGUCAAGCAGGCAGUAAAUGUUCUUACACAACAUGGGGUAAAGGAGGAACGAAUAAUACUAUCCAAUUUGUUUUGCACACCAGCGGCUGCACAGGCAGUAGUUGACUAUGCACCAAAGAUGAAGAUACUAACAUCCGAACUGCACCCAGUAGCUCCAAACCAUUUCGGUCAGAAAUACUUUGGGACGGAUUGAUAUGCCAUCUUUUUACUAUUUAAGUAAAUCUAUGACUUCCAGAGGAACCAACUACUGAUUAGUAACUGGUUAGUUGUACAGUAUGGGAUUCACUCAAGAUAUCCCAAUUAAUCAUUUAUAUAACUGCUAUCGUUAUUACUUUGUUAGUAUGUAAUGGUGUUUUAUAUAAUUAUCAAUUUAGCUUAAAGAGCAUGUCAAUGAGUAGUGACUAACAGCAGUUCCCAAUAUUCAGUCUAUCUCUUACUUGAGAUAAAAAUCGUAACUAUCGUUGACUUAUCUGUCCCAAUAUACUUAUCAAUGUAACUCACUUUAUCCGUACACACUUUCUUUCAGUGGGACGUUCGGAUGGAAAUUGCAAUUCACGUGUCCCAAUAUAAGGCGAUAAGAAUGACUUAUCGGGUAUAUUGGGAUAGCUUCAGAUUAUUGACAGCUAAUUACUGACAGUAGAAGGUAGUAAUUUAUCUCUAUCUGAAGAUAGUAUAUUGGGAACAGCCAUUAAUGAACCUUCAAUUUCCACAACUGUACCAACAUUCAAUUGAGAUCAUAUAACUACUACUAAUAAUUUCUGUUAAUAAUCUGAUUGUAUAAGGAAAUAAUAUAAAUAGAAAUGUAUAUUAAUAACUGAAAUAGCACAUAACAUUCAGAUCUUUAGUAAAAGUAAGUACUUUUACUUAAUUAAUUUUGUUCUAAAAAUAAUUAAUUUUACUUAAAUUCUGUACAGCUUAUUUUGAUUUGUUGCAUAUAAGUGUAUUUUAUAAGGGUUAUAACUACUUUAUGGAGCUAGACAAUAUGUUAAUUACUAAUAACGUUUCAUAGCAAUCUGUUCGGUUGUUACAAUAACAACAAGCUAUUGAUUUUGCUACCUCGUGAGUAUGUAAUCAAUUCAAAGACCCGGUGAUACUUUUCGUCUUUUAUUUUAUAACUAUAUAGCUGACCCAGCAAACGUUAUUUUGCCAUAUAAAUGAUUUUUAAAGUUAGAUCGUUUCAUGGACAUUGCAACAUAACUUUAUUAUUCAAAAAUAUAUUAUUUUUAUUUUUAAAUAAACGUAGCCUAAGUUCCUCCUUAUUAAAUCAGCUAUCUGCCUAUAAAAAACGGUCCAGCCAUUUCAGAGAUUAGCUGGAAAAAACAGACAGACAGACAAAAAUUGUGAAAAAUGUUAUUUUGGUGUAUGUAUCUUAUAUAUAUAUAUAUAGUAAAAAACGGUUAUAUCAAUAUUACAAACAGACACUCUAAUUGUAUUUAUAUGUAUAGAAUAUUAUCCUGUUAGUUAGUUGUAAUAAUCAUUGUCUGUAGAUAAGAGUUAGUAUAGUUUAUUUAAAUUUAUUGCAAUUCCAUAAAUACAAUCCUUAAAUAUAACAUUUGGAGUAAAGACUAUAUAAUUGACAAGGCACUAUUAUAGAUACCCAGUUUGGGUGUCGCAAUUUCGUCUGAACAGCAGACCAUAGGAGGGAGACCCAUAUUUUAAUUUAUUUUCGUUUGAGUCGUUUAGGAAAUCAUUUAUGGCAUAGUAGCACUUUUCUAUUAAAAAGUUUUUUAGUAUUUUAAUAAAUUCAUUUUCGUUAUCUAUGCUUCGAAUUUUGUUUGGCAGAUUAUUAUAUACCUACUUUUAUAGACAUUACGUAAGUACUCGAUGUAUGUAGUACUAAAUCUGAUUGUGGGUUGUUUAAUUUAUUUAUAUAUCUUUCGGGAAACCAAAUUCAAAUAUUUUUAUUCAAAAUAGGAUGUUAUCUCCAUUAUUGAAAGUCAAAAAAUCUACCACCCAUCUCAAAAUGAAUGCCUCAGACUCAGAAUCGACGGGUAUUAUUUUCUUUUUUUUUGUAUGCUGUGGAGUAGAGCCUAUAAAUAAGUUUGAGUUUUCAUUAUUAUCAGUACAUUUGGUGUAAUUUGUUGAUCAAUAUCAUUUUCAGGUACUAACUAUGAUUUGUGUCUACUAUUGUUAUUGCAGUUAGCUAUGCUGAUUAUUUGACGGAAGUAAUUUUAAGUAAUAUAAAUUGUAUCUCUCAACAACAUAUUGCAAGAUCUUUUUGUGUUCUUCAAAAUGUUUGAACAGCGAUAAAUGUUCGAUCAAUAAUCUCACUCACACAUAAAUAUCACAAUUCCAAUAUACUGUAGGUUUAUUUAUUGGUUUUUUGUUAUCCCGAAUUAUUUUUUACUAGAUACUAUUAGUGUUUUAUGAAAAAAGGAGGUAAAUCAUUUUAAUGAGAUGGAUUAUAGGAUUAUAUGAAAUAUUAUAUGAAAUUUAUGUGCUUCUAUUAGAAAUUAACAUAAUAUUUUAGCUGUUGCCUUAAUAUUAUUGAUAAUGUAUAACAGCGAAAUGUUAAGAAAAUGUGAUAAUGUUACCAGAAGGUAAUGUAAACGUAUUAUGAUUAAUUAUCGGCUAACAUUUUACCAGUGGGAGGGUCCUUUGUACCGGAUGCCGGACAGAUUAUGGGUACCACAACGGCGCCUAUUUCUGCCGUGAGACAGUAAUGUGAGCAAGCCGUACUCUCUAAAACUGACCGUAAAUCAUAAUCCAGCGGAUUUAAAUCGGGUCUUGAUGACGGCCAGUCUUCAGCUCUGAUGAAGUCAGAAACUUUAUUGAAUUAGGCGUUACUUUGCGGAAAUCCAUAAUUAUACAAAUGAUUUAAGUUUUCUUUAGUGUUAAUUCCGCCAAUAUUUGUCUUUAAAACAAUUCGUCACGUGUUUCGCCUCUACAGGAGGCAUCCUCAGGACGUGUUGUCUCGCCAAGAUUUUAUAUAGAUAGAUAUAUAGAAACAUGUGUCGAAUUGUUUUAAAGACAAAUAUUGGCGGUAUUAACACUAAAGAAAACUUAAAUCAUUUGUAUGAAGUCAGAAACGUUCGUUUAAGUUUCCAACCAAGAAUGAGUAUACCGAGCUUUAUCACCCGGCGCCGAGUCCUGCUGGAAGGACCAUUCUUGAUUAUUGAACAUGGUGUUGUUAAGGGGCUUCAUUACCUUCUCAAGAAUGUUAUCUUGAUACACUUAGGACGAAGUUUUGAUACUUUUUUCACAAAAGUAUGGCUCAGUCACUCCUUCAUAGCUAAUACCUCACCAAACCAUCAUUGAAGUCAGAUAGUGCCCACGUUGCACUCUGUCAACUAAUUGGGAAACUUCCUUAGAGCUUUGAGCAUAAAUACGGUCAUUUUGUUUGUGAAAAUGUUGCUCAAUCGUAAAAGUUUUCCCGCUCGUAAACAAAAACCCUUUGCGUUCCGCUUCAGUAGUUGUUUCGAUUUUUCCACCCUAUUAUUUUUAAAAUUAUCAGUUGAGAAAUUACCAGUACGUCUCUUAUAGGCUGCAAGUCGUAAGUCAUCUAAAUUCUUCUUUUUGAACGGCUGGCCUUGAAGAACUUAGACCCAGCCGUUUGGACAGCUGCCGCGAACCAGUUAUUAUACUCGUCCUCGUCUACGCAGUCACCGAGGCAUUCGAAGCGGUUUUGCAAUUCGAGUUGAAAGUUUUCGGGGUUUUGGAUCUGGAUGGGUGCGUAGGUUGGAGCGUAGACUUCACCAGUCGAGACCGCUCCAGUUUUGGAUUUAUAUUCAAUGUGCCUCUUACUAUGCGGUGAUCACUCCCAGCUUUCACUGAGUUGAUCACGGAGACAUCAUUGAAUUGGUAUAUGUCUUUUGGUCGACAUAAUGAAGUCGAUCUCAUUUUUGGUGGCACCAUUGGGGCUGCUCCAAGUCCAUUUGUCCACAGAGAGCAGUCUUAAAGGUAAUGCUUACAAAAAAAUUUCGACAUCCAACGCAUAGCUUAUACAAAGAGGCUAAAGUUCUUAGCGUAAGGCAGUUAUAUAUCCUUCGAUCUGUAAUAGCAUACCAUUAAUACUUUUUUAACACAGGUAGACUUACAUCGUGUCAUAACUCCCGCAGAUUAAUAAUUGUAAUUUCACAAACAACUACAAAUUUCGCUCGUCGCUUUGAUUUUGCUUUUCCGCACUUAUAUAAAGCUAUAAAUCGUGCUUGUCCUAUAGCAAAUGAACUCAAAUGAAGCCAAAUAUAAUUUAACAUCCCUCUUGCAAACUCUCGAUUAUAACAAACAGCACCGAAUCAAUCACAUCUCAUCAAUAUAAAUUAUAAAACUCACAAACACAACACACACACACACACACACACAAAUUCAUAUCGCAUUUUAGUUUUAAAAGUAAUCAAUAACUUUUUAAUAUUAUAUAACUUUUUUCAAUUUAAAUUAUGUCUUAAUUUUAUUUAUAUUUAUAAAAAUUUGUAAUUUUAUAAUAAACAUACCCAUAAACAUACAUAUACUCAACAGUUCCUCGGUGCAAUCAUGUCAAGUACGGGGUCCAUUGUAAACCAUCAUAGUAUGAUGAUUUUCCUUUUUGUAAAUAAAGAUUUUUGAAUUUGUAUUUUUAAAGUGAAACUUUUAUUACAUCGUCUCAAACGUUUUCAUCUGUGUGUUGCAUGUCGCGUGACGGUCGGGCGGCGCCUAUAGUUCCCAGCAGCUGACCGUGUAGUGUAUACACUAUUACUCAUUUGUGCCAGUGCUCCACGCUAUUUUGUUUGUUUUAAACCAGGGCUAAGACACAGAGUGCAAUAAAAAUAUUAGUUGGAGACUUA